CAUGUAAAUUAUAAUAAGUGAAGUAAUUACAAGGAGAAGAGUUUAAAGAGUAAUAAUAAAUAGUUCAUUCAUAGUGAUAAGGCGACCUUAUUCAUUUCAAGGUAAUAAAAACAAAACAAAACAAAACAAAACUCUUUGUUAAUCUCUCUCUCGUACCACCAUGGAAGCCGCAAAGAUGUUGCUCUUCUCUCCAACACCGACUUCAGUAAAACCCACCAUUUCCAUCCUCAAACACAGAGUAACACCAAGGCGGCGGUGGCCUCACGCGCCGCUCAAGGUCGUAGCCAUGGCAAAGGAAAGCAGCGACGAAACUGGGGGCGGUGUUGCGGAGACAGCCGCAAUCCUUGGCGGCUUAGUGUCGACUCCCGUCAUCGGCUGGUCCCUCUACACUCUCAAGACCACUGGCUGCGGCCUGCCACCAGGUCCCGGCGGAUCAAUCGGCGCACUGGAAGGCGUCAGCUACUUAGCCGUGGUGGGAAUCGUGGGUUGGUCGUUGUACACCAAAGCCAAAACUGGGUCUGGUUUGCCCAAUGGCCCUUUUGGGUUACUGGGGGCCGUCGAAGGGCUCUCGUACUUGUCGUUGCUUGGGAUUUUGGUCGUUUUUGGGCUGCAGUUUUUGCAACAGGGCUCCAUUCCUGGACCCCUUCCUACUGAUCAGUGCUUCGGCUGAGUGUGUGAGUAGGAAGGAAUAGGAUAGUGUCGUUUUUGGCCACUAGAAUUCUAUCCUUUUUUUUUUCUUUUCUGUGGCCACGAUUUGUCCAAUUCAAGCUGUACCUACGUACCUUGAUAUAAUAUUUUAGCUCUGCCAGUGCCACUUAUUAUCCUA